AGUCUCUCCACUGAGUGUGUGCGUGUGUGUGUGUGUUAUGUGUGUAAUCUGCCUCAUCUCGUGUUGAUGUCGCCGCGCUAGACGCCGAAUACACGGGCUGAAACAGGCAAUAGUGAACAAAACCCCGACCGGGAACCCAGGCCGGGCAGGACCGCAGCUCGGAGCUUCGAGGGCCGACAUGUCCGCCGCUGCGAGCGUCCCGCGGGCCGAGGCUCCGAGGCGGCCUCGGCCGGACGAGUUCCAGCCUCCCCCGGAGUGCCCGGUGUUCGAGCCCAGCUGGGAAGAGUUCCGCGACCCCUAUGCGUUCAUCAACAAGAUCCGUCCCAUCGCGGAGAAGACGGGGAUCUGCAAGGUCCGGCCCCCGCCGGAUUGGCAGCCUCCAUUUGCCUGCGACGUUGACAAACUUCACUUUGUUCCUCGGAUCCAGAGGCUCAAUGAACUGGAGGCGCAGACCAGAGUCAAGCUCAACUUCUUGGACCAGAUUGCCAAAUUUUGGGAUUUGCAGGGAUGUCCCCUGAAGAUUCCUCAUGUGGAGAGGAAGAUUUUGGAUUUAUAUAGGCUAAAUAAGCUUGUAGCAGAUGAUGGUGGAUUUGAUCUCGUAUGUCAAGAGCGGCGAUGGACCAAGAUUGCACAACAAAUGGGCUUUGCUCCCGGCAAAGCCGUGGGCUCACACCUGCGAGGGCAUUAUGAGCGAAUCCUCUACCCCUACAAUCUGUUUCAGAGUGGAGCUAACCUGCUGGCACCAGAUCUGGCUUCCAAACUGAUGCGUUUGGAGGCUGAUCCUGAACUUGAAAAGUGUGUCCAGACGCCCGUCCAGCCGGAGGAGAGUGAAGACAACAAGGAGCAGAAGCUGCAGGACCAGGCUCAGAAUCAGCCUGCGCAGACGCCAGAGACCUGCCCGAGUGCCCGCAGAGCCAAACGCAUGAAGUGUGAGGCCACCUGUGUGAAGAUCGAGCCAGGUGAGGCGGGGGACAACAGACCCAAUCUGAGACGUAGGAUGGGCUCCUUCGUAGCCAAGCCGGAGCCAGAAAAAGAGAUUCCUAUUCCAGUGAAACAGGAACCAGCUGAAAGUAAGGAACCAAUCAUUGAAGCUGACAAGUCAAAGGCACGGUACAAGAAGAUGAUUCCUUCUCUUCUUCCUCCUCCAAAUCCAGUGGAUCUGGUUGUGUGUCUGGUGUGUGGGAGUGGGGGAGAUGAAGACCGUCUGUUGCUGUGUGACGGCUGUGACGACAGCUACCACACUUUCUGUCUGAUCCCUCCUCUGCAUGACGUCCCCAAAGGAGACUGGAGGUGCCCCAAAUGUCUGGCUCAGGUGAUGAUAAACAGCAAACUCAUGGAAUGCAGCAGACCUCAUGAGGCCUUCGGCUUCGAGCAAGCAGCCAGAGACUACUCCCUGCGUGCAUUUGGGCAAAUGGCGGAUGCAUUCAAAUCAGAUUACUUCAACAUGCCAGUUCAUAUGGUACCCACAGAGCUGGUGGAAAAGGAGUUCUGGCGUUUGGUCGGAGCCAUUGAAGAGGAUGUUACAGUCGAAUACGGAGCAGAUAUCGCCUCAAAGGAGUUUGGGAGUGGAUUUCCCAUUCCAAAUGGGAAAUUCAAGGUCUCCCCAUCAGAUGAGAAAUACCUCAAAUGUGGGUGGAACCUCAACAACCUGGCGAUGAUGAACCCAUCGGUUCUGACUCAUGUCACGGCUGACAUCUGUGGGAUGACACUGCCGUGGCUUUACGUCGGCAUGUGCUUCUCCUCGUUCUGCUGGCACAUUGAGGAUCACUGGAGCUACUCCAUCAACUACCUGCACUGGGGGGAACCCAAAACCUGGUACGGAGCUCCUGGUUUUGCUGCAGAGCAGCUGGAGGAGGUGAUGAAGAAGCUGGCCCCGGAGCUGUUUGAAUCGCAGCCUGAUCUGCUGCACCAGCUGGUCACCAUCAUGAACCCCAAUACCCUGAUGGCACACGGAGUCCCAAUUUACAGAACCAACCAGUGUGCUGGGGAGUUUGUCAUCACGUUUCCCAGAGCGUAUCACAGUGGCUUCAAUCAGGGCUUUAACUUUGCUGAGGCGGUCAACUUCUGCACCGUGGACUGGAUGCCUCUUGGCAGGCAGUGUGUGGACCACUACCGUAUGCUGCACCGGUAUAACGUGUUCUCCCACGAUGAGAUGGUGUGCAACAUGGCCUCCAAAGCAGACACGCUCAACAUCGUCCUGGCUUCAGCCGUCCACCGGGACAUGGUCCUCAUGAUCAAAGAAGAGCAAGAAAUGAGGGACAAAGUGAAGAAAAUGGGGGUGGUGAAUCUCAAGGAGGCCAAAUACGAUCACCUGCAGGACGAUGAGCGGCAGUGUGUCAAGUGCAGGACCACAUGCUACCUUUCUGCCCUCACCUGCCCCUGUAGCCCGGGGGUUCUGGUCUGUCUGUACCACAUCAGCAGCCUGUGCUCCUGCCCCGUCACCAACUACACACUGAAUUACAGGUACGCACUGGAUGACCUGUUCCCCAUGAUGAGUGCUGUGAAGCAGCGAUCGGAGCUGUAUGAUGAAUGGGCCUCCCGCGUGGCAGAGACUUUAGAGGCUAAACUGGAGAAGAAGAAAGCCCUGCCAGUCUUUCGUACCCUUCUCUCUGAGUCAGAGACCAAACUGUUCCCCGACAACGACCUGCUGCGGCGGCUGCGUAUGGUCACACAGGACGCAGAAAAGUGCUCUUCCGUGGCACAGCAGCUACUAAAUGGCAAGAAACAGACGAGAUAUCGGUGCGGAAGUGGGAAGUCCCGGAGUCAGCUGACGGUGGAGGAGCUCAGCUCCUUCAUCAGGCAGCUGUAUAACCUCCCCUGCAGCCUCACUCAGGCUCCAAUGCUGAAGGAACUUUUGAAUCGCAUCGAAGACUUUCAGCAGCACAGCGAGAAGGUUCUAGCGGACGAACAUCCCAGCGUCGCAGAGAUCCAGGGCCUGUUGGACGUCAGUUUCGACUUUGACGUGGACCUGCCGGAGCUGCCCCAGCUGAGAGUGAGGCUGGAGCAGGCGCGGUGGCUGGAGGGCGUCCAGCAGGCCAGCACCCAGCCCGCCACGCUCACGCUGGAGACCAUGAGGAGGCUCAUCGACCAGGGCGUGGGCUUAGCGCCUCACCCGUCCGUGGAGAAGGCCAUGGCUCGCCUGCAGGAGCAGCUCACCGUGUCGGAGCACUGGGAAGACAAGGCCAGCAGUCUCCUCAAGGCCAGACCACCACACUCCAUAGAGACGCUCAGUGCAGCUGCUGAAAAGGCUUCUGGAAUCCCCGCUUACCUCCCUAACUGUCUGCUCCUGAAGGACACCAUCAGGAAGGCCCAAGAGUGGCUUCAGGAAGCUGAGGAGCUUCAGGCCAGCGACUCUGUCCUGCUGGUGAACAGCCUGUCUGACAUGGUGCUACGAGGACAGGCCAUUCAAGUCCACCUGGAGCCUUUAGACAGACUGGAGUCUUUAAUGGCAGAUGUGCAGGAAUGGAAAGAAUCCGCAGCAUCAACUUUCCUUCAAAAAGAUUCAACACUUACCUUACUAGAGGUCCUUUGUCCAAGAUUUGAAGUUGGAAAUGCAGUUCCUCCAAAAAGGAAGGCCAAGAAAGGGAAAGAAUCGCCCAAAAGUAACAAAAAGAAAGCUACACGGCUCAACAAUCUCAGCGAUGUCGAAAAAGCGCUUUCAGAGAACAAGGAUUCUGCUUCUGCAGUGGCAACUCUGGAGGAGCUCUGUGUGAGGGAGAUGGAAAUUUUCAAUAAUCUCAGGGCAGCAAAUGAGUCAAAGCUCCUCCCGACGGCGGACUGCAUGGACCUGAGGGUGUGUUUCUGCCAGAAGGCACCCAUGGGUGCGAUGCUGCAGUGCGAGCUCUGCAGGGACGCCUUCCACAGCGUGUGCGUGCGAGACCCGUCGGACAGCUGCGAGACCCAGCCGUGGCUCUGCCCACACUGCCAGCGCUCAGAAAAGCCCCCGUUCAACGAAGUCCUCUCCCUGCUGGAGUCCCUGCAGCGCAUAGGGGUGCGCGUGCCAGAGGGGGACGCUCUGAACUAUCUGGUAGAGAGGACACUUAACUGGCAGCAGCGAGCGCAGCACAUUUUGCAGGAGUGUAGCCCACCGGAGCUGGAGGAGAGACCAGGAACCCCUCCCACCCUCACUCAGUGCAUGUCGGUCUGCGACAGCGUCCCCAAAAACACUCAGGCUCCUUGUUUGACUCCGGAGUGGAACAGGACAAGUCACGCUCAGACGGUCUUCUACACUGAGCAGAGGUGCAUCCCGCUGCAGGGCUUGAGUCACGAGCUGGAGGAGCUGAUGGUGGAGGGGCUCCUGCUGCAGGUGCAUCUCCCCCAAGUCCAGACCCUCUACCAGGUUUUACUGGACCGGGCCAACAGCCAGCACACAACCAGAUGCGCGUCUCCACUGCAGGAAGAGCCCACAGACUGUGACAAACACAUGCAGUUUAUUUCUCAGGGAACAAAUAUUCCACUGAACCAGGAUGGUACCAACAGCACACGGGAAACCACGCCUGGCUCGGAAAGAAAAGCAAAGAGGCUUCUGGAGAGGGAAGGUUUGGAUGGCGAGCGCAGGGCGAAGGACAGAAAGAACUCUCACAAAAGACAGAAGAUGAAUAAAAAGAAACCACAGCGCAGGCCGGCUUCCACCUCGUCCUCCCCGCGCUCUGAUUUCUCCCAGUCUGAAGACUCUGACGAGGAACUGGCGGUGUGUCCAGCAGAGGGUUGUCAGCUUCCAGAGGGAGACGAGGUGGACUGGGUCCAGUGUGACGGCAGCUGCAAUCAGUGGUUCCACCAAGUGUGUGUCGGUGUCACGGCAGAGAUGGCUGAGAAGGAAGACUACAUUUGUGUCACAUGCACACUGAACGAUGGACACAUGAGAAAAUGAAGGGAGACUGAAGGUUUUUCUGAAGUCUGCGUGUCCUCAGUCCGUUACCGGAGCCGCGGCUCCGGGUGUGUCACUGAUACCGUUUCCCUCCUCACCCCCAGUCCUGUCUGUCCACCCCCUUUUGUAACAACGGUGCUAUCUCCUCUUUGAAUUGUUGUCCAGAACUAUAAUGUUUAGUUAUUUUUUUGUAUUUUUACAUAUAUAUUAUAUAUUUCUUUCUUCCAAUGAAUUGUUUGUGGUUGUCUAAAUGGGAAAAAAAAACAAAACAAAAAAAAAAACACAGGACAUGAAGCGUGCUGCAUGAGACUCCAUUUCAGAGCAAAGGAGUCUUCAAAAACCACCCCCCAAGUAAAGACAGCUAAAGUUAGAUGCGUCUUCUCUGGAAGGUCCUUGCAUGUUAAAGCAGAGCUACGGGGGCAGAAGUUGAGGUAUUCACCCCCUUAAAAACCCCCCCAAAGGUAACUUUUACACUUUCUGUUUUCUUUUAAAUCCCGUGUGUAGUACAUGCAUCUUAAUAUAAUUCUCUCUCUCUUUUUUUUUUGUAGAAUAGGUUUAUUUAUCUGAGCAAUAAUUUUUGUCUGAGUUGACUUAAAUGGCUUGAUCUUCACGGAGUUGUGUUUUAUCAUGGUGAUGUGAUGUACAGAAAGCUAGCCGGAUGGAUGGGUUAGAGCUGUGGGGGCUGGAGGUGAAACGUGCUGCCGACGGGCCUCCCCCCACAGACUGUAACCCGCCAUACGAUACGGAGCGGACUCGGGGAAGAUGAACAUGUUACAAGUUUAUAUUGUGGAAUAAAGCCCUUUUGUUCUAUGGAGAA